UUAAAAUAAUUGAGAAUCAACCAUUAUUUCAACGAAUGAUUUUCCCGCGGAUAUAAAUGGCGUCUUUUUCACCGCAACGUGAUUUAUAUAUAUAUGUGGGUUUGUUGUGACAAAUCUAGCAAAUAUUUGAUGGAAUAUGACUACUGCAAAUGGGUUUUCAGACUCACAAGAGUCUGAUAUAUUAGGUGAAGAAGAAUAUAAGGCACUAGUAAAGGAUAUUGGAUUUAGUGGAUCUUGGAUGCAAAGUAUAACAGAGGAAAUGGAGGAAAAGUACGAUUUGCCACAACAAUAUUUGGAAUCUAAAAAGCAAAUGAAAGAUGAAGAAGAAGAACAAGAUGAAGAGUAUUUUCAAGAACUUGAUCCUGCCAUUCCAAUAAAAGAAGAGUUUCCUGGUCGUUAUAAUUUUCAGGUUUCACUGGGUAAUCUGGAUUCUAGCAAGAAUUGGGUAUAUUCACAAGUAUUAAAAAAAGUAUUUAUCAACAUGGAAGAAACACUGCCAUUACGUUUUAAGUGGGAACCACCUGAAGAUGGUCUUCUUUUACGUACCGCCAUGGUUUUUAGUUUAGAUCAGUAUGCUAGUGAUCCAGUUAGAAGAUGUCAUAAUCACAUGGCACCAAAUAAUCCAAGUAAUAGAGAUGUAGCCCCCAGAGUGAUUAAACAUGUUGUUCGUUGUACACACCAUCUUACCAUGUAUGAAGAAAGAAGUGAACAUCUGUCUAUAGUGGUACCCCUUAAUAGACCACAACCUGGUUCUCAAUAUGUUCCAGUGUGCUUCAAAUUUUUAUGUAAAAAUAGUUGUCCAUCUGGAAUGAAUCGCAGACCAACAGAACUAAUUUUUACUUUGGAAAAUUGUAAUAGAAGAAUUUUGGGUCGACAAAGACUUCCUGUUAGAGUUUGUAGUUGUCCUAAAAGAGAUAAGAAGAAAGAAGAAGCUGAAGUAACAGAUGCACAAUCUGAUAUAAAAAAAAGAAAACUUUGUAUACCAGUUGGGAAAAAAAUGAUGCCUUCCUGUGAUACACAUGUCUUCAAUGUUCAAUUAAAUAUUGUUGGAAAAGAAAACUACUUGGCUGUAUUAAAGUAUGCAUAUGACAUCAUGGCGGGUCAAGCAAUAAAAACUGGUCAGCUUGAUUUUUUUAAACCGUACAUGGAUGAUAUAUUGCGUAAAACUCCCUAAAUGCAUAUUUGCAUGAAUGUUAUGUCUUUCACAUAUAUGUUUAAAAAAAACAAGGAACAUGGUUUUAUAAUGUGCUAUCUA